CAAUACGAACCGAAAACUAUAUAGACCGGAAUCCAUCUCGUGAUUUGCGCAGUAUAGAAACUAUUAUGAAAAUUCUCACUUGACACUUUCAUAAAGAAUAGCUGGGCCGAAAUAGAUCAAUACAUACAAAAGGGAUCUAGUGUGGAAACUAUUAUGGACAUUCUCAUCGACGCAUUUUCGCAAACAGUAGGUGGGCCGAAAUUGAUCAAUACUAUUAGACCUUUCAAAAACCAAAACUAGUUUUCUUUCAAAAUAUAACUCAAUUUCUAACGGUAACUACUUCUUCUCCUUUGCAUCUCUUUUUUGCACAAAAUUCUUCUUUGCAGCUCACAUAACACAGUGAAAUGCCAACGACAUUUCACUUCAAAUCCCAACCUUUUAUUUCAAAAGGUCUUCUUGGUUUAAACCCUAUUGAGAAAAUUAUCAUCACUUACCCUCAAUGUAUUAGUUUCUCUUUCUCGUCAAAAUCUCCUCUCUUUUACUCUUGGCCUUUGGUUUCACUUUCACAUAAAACCCAUAUCCCAAAACCAGUUCUCUGUGCCAGAAAGAAAAGAAGGGGAUCUGGGUUUCAAAAAUUAAAGAAAAUUUUACCCAAAUUAGCAUCCAUAGCAGCAUCAAACCUCAAGAUCUUACCAGAGCCAUUUAAUCUAGUUAUAGCAGAAUUUAGCGGUGGCGGCGGCGGCGGCGAUGGAGGAGGAGGCUCAUGGUUUUGGAGAGGGUUUGAUGGGUGGAGAAGAAAAAGAAAGAACAUAAAUUUUUGGUUUUUAGGGUUUCUGAUAGUUUGUGGAUUGGGAAAGGUUUUGUUAGGGAAAGAUUUAAAGAAAGAUGCUUUUUACGGUGUUUUGGCAUUGGGUUCAAGUUUAACAAUUUUGAUUAAAGGGUUUAGAAAAGCAGUAAAAUAUUUGGUUUUGGAGCUUUGCUUUGUUGGUGCUUUAAUGGGUUUGAGGUUGAAGAGACAGGAUAUGCAACAAUGGGUUCAAAAGGUUAGGGAUUGCACUCCAGCUUUUCAGCUUGCGAGGGGAAAGAGAAGAAGAAAGGGCACAAGAUUUCUGUAAACCAAAAUGGAAAGGAAAAAAAAAGCUGCAAACAGAAAUUUUGUUUUUAUGAUUUCUAUUUGACAUUAGAAUUGUGCUUUUAUCAAUUCCAUAGAUGAAGAAGGGAAGGCUAAGAUUAGAUUAGCCAACUAAAGUAUUGAGGCAAUUGUUCACAGUGUUAUCACUGAAUUUCUGUUGAGUUUGAUAUCAGAAAGUAGUAAACAUGUUAUGUUUGUCAA